GAAUAUUUGGCAACCCGAGAGUGUCUUUGAAUACGCGCGCGGGAAUUACAAGACAGCUACAGUGAACAGAGGAGUUCGAGAAACUGUAUCUAAAUAACUGAAACGUAACGUUGUAAAUGUUGAUAUUGAUUGUUAGCUUUGUUUGUAUAUGAGACUAUAAGCGUUUCAGGCAAUUGUUUGUCCCGUAUAUAAAGAGAGAGGCUGGUUAUUUGAGUGUGUGGGAUUUGUAAACAAUGAAAUCCACAAAGAACACUAAAGUGAAACCUGCAGCAUCAGCUAAAGAAGAAGAAUGUGGAAUAUGGCUCGACACAAAAGAGAUAAAAGAAAAGAAACAACAGAAACAGCUGACCCGUCCAAUAUCCAAACUCCUGAACCCACUCGCGAGAUCAGGGGGAUACAGUGUGGCAGUCGCACUCAGCUUCACUCAGACCAAACUCAACAUGCCUGUCACGAAACAAAGCACUAUAUCGACCUUCUUUUCACCCAAAUCCAGAGACCCUAACCCAAGUGCGGCUCAUUCUGGAUUGUCCAGUUCCAUGCACACAGAGGCACGCACCGGGUACAAACGGAAACAUGAUGUGACCUUGGAGCCAUCUGCAGAGUCACCCAGUCAAAUAUCUGAGGUGUACUCUGAUGAAGAUUUUGAAAGAUUGUCAGCCAAGGAGAAAAAAGAACAGUCUUUUCUCCAUUUAAUAUGCGGAACUGAGCCAGAGGAAGAAGAACCGCCUGAAAAAAGGAGACAUGUUCUCCAUUAUACAGAAAAUGUGUUAGAGACACAAGAAUAUUGGAAUAAAGAAGCUUCAAAUGAAUAUCCAAAUCAGACAAUUCCUGAAUCUGAGACUUUCUUUCAUGAGGAGUCCCCGGAGCACUAUGAUCUGAUGGUCUGGAAGCCUUCUGAGGAUGCUCAUAAGCAUUUCCUUAAGUCUCCAGGUCCUAAACACACGGACAAAUAUGAUUUAAGAGAUCAGAAGGCCUCAGUUAAGGGGUCUAUCUUAACCUCUAGGCCUGUCAAUGAAAUCCACAAAAGAUGGAGUGCUUCUGUGAAUACUAAUAAAAAUCAGGAGCAGACUUGGCACAAAAAUAAGGCAUCACCCAUGAAACCGAUGGGGAAAGAGAAUAGCUGGCCUGCAUCACCCAUUAAAAAUGCUCCAACAUCCCCUUUUAAACGCCAUCUAAUUUCCAGUCCAGCUAAGUACAGGUUGAAGGAGAAAAACACCUUCCCCCUCAAAAAAUCAGGUAAGGAACUUGCAAACGCAGAGAUGGCUGGAGAAACCCUUGCUACAUUGUUCACUCAGGACUCGGAGGGCUUCUGUGUGAUUGCUCAUCGUGACCAGCACUUAAGGAGCCCAGUAAGAGACCACAGCAAUUUAUCUGUGGGCAAAGAUUACGGGAAUAGUCGAUCUGCCGCUUCUUUAGAAAAAGAGGACGAGGAAUCAGAUCUAGAGCCAGAGAUGCUUUUCACCCAAGACUCGGAGGGAAACAUGGUCAUCAAGCAUUAGCCAGUGCUGAAUACCAAAAGAUCAAAGAAUUUUAAGUGUUUUCUAUUGAUUUUCUUUCUUACAGUUUUGAAGCUCUUG